GUUGAAAUGAAAUGAAGUAAUGUUACGUUAAUGUUUGUUUACUAACCUAGUAGAUAGUGUAAUAUUUAUUUUAAUAAAGAAAAACAUGGAGAUCAAAACCAAUUUUUAAAAAAUUCUUGAAUGCAUCAAUAAAUCUGAAAAUUCACAUCAUGAGUCUACGUUCAAGUAUUCAUAGAUUGGAGGGUAUUGAUAAUCAAGUUGGUGGCCUAAUUAUAAAAAAGAAAUCUGAUGAUGAUGCACUUUUUAAAGUUCCUGCACCCAAAAAGUCACUGCUUGGCUUAGAUGUACUUGCUGAAAAGCGACGAAAAGAGCAGUUAUCAGAGAAUAAGCAGAAAGUGUCACUGAACAAAAAAUUUGCUGACUAUGAGGAAUCUCGAAAGAAAAAAUACAGAUCAUCCCGUGAUGAAACACCAACUUACACUGGAGGUGUCAGUAAGGAAUACCUUAAGAGAGUUAACGAAAGACAGAAAAGAGAAAAAGAACGUAGCAGAUAUGUCUCAACUAAACAUCGUAGUAGGGAUGAUAGAGAAGUUGGUAACAGCUCAAGACAAGAAAAAGAAAGGUCGGAGAGAUCUUACAAAGGAUCAUCCAGGAGAUCAGAUGAAUCUCCUUAUCGAGAUGAGCCUCCAUCUCCAAGAAUCCAUCUUAGAGAUUCUCCAUCCCGAUCAGGAUGGGAUGAAGAUGAUACUACCCCAGAUUAUAAGUCGUCAUGGGAUCUACCAUCUCCAGCACAUUCUGAUAAGAGAAGUUACAGCAGAGCUAGCUCUGUAAAUCCUACUCCAGCGCAUAGAUAUAAUGAUUGGGUUCGUGAUCGCAAGCGUUCUGGAGCAACACCAAGGGAAUCAGCAAGAGAUGAGAAUAUACCAUGGUCUACUGAAGAGGAAAAACUUGAAUGGGAGGAAGAAAUAAAGAGAUUAGAUAGGGAGUGGUAUUCUAUGGACGAAGGAUAUGAUGAUAAUCACAAUCCUUUUGCAGGAAUGUCAUCAUCUUAUGCUAAGAAAAAAGAAGAAGCUCUGGAACAAAAGAAAAAGAAACGUAUGUCAGCACAGCAGCGUCAGAUUCAUAAAGACAAUGAGAAGUGGGAGACUAAUCGCAUGCUUACCAGUGGAGUGGUUCAGAAGCUUGAAUAUGAUGAAGACUUUGAAGAAGACAAUGAAGCUCGUGUACAUCUUCUUGUGCAAAAUGUGGUACCUCCAUUUUUAGAUGGGAGAAUUGUAUUUACCAAGCAACCAGAACCUGUAGUGCCUGUUAAGGAUCCUACAUCAGAUAUGGCUAUCAUAGCCCGUAAAGGAAGUCAAGCUGUCAGAACUUUUCGUGAACAAAAAGAGAGAAAGAAAGCUCAAAAGAAAGAAUGGGAGCUGGCUGGAACUAGGAUUGGUGAUAUAAUGGGCAUUAAAAAGAAAGAUGAAACUGAUGAGAAAAGUGUCGAAGACAAUACAAAUUAUAGGGAGGACCACAAAUUUGCAGAGCAUAUGAAAAAUGCUUCUGAAGGCACUAGUGAGUUUUCUCGCAAAAAAUCAAUUUUGCAGCAAAGGCAAUUUUUACCCGUAUUUGCUGUUCGACAAGAAUUAUUAAAUGUUAUUCGAGAUAACAGUGUCAUUAUAAUUGUAGGUGAAACAGGUUCUGGUAAAACGACCCAACUGACACAGUAUCUGCACGAAGAUGGAUAUAGUAAAUAUGGCAUGAUUGGUUGUACUCAACCUAGAAGAGUUGCUGCUAUGUCUGUAGCUAAGCGUGUGUCUGAUGAAAUGAAUGUUCAGUUAGGAGAAGAAGUAGGGUAUGCUAUUCGAUUUGAAGACUGUACAAGUGAAAAGACAAUAAUAAAAUAUAUGACCGAUGGUAUUCUACUGAGAGAGUCAUUAAGAGAAUCAGAUUUAGACAAUUAUAGUGCUAUUAUCAUGGAUGAAGCUCAUGAGCGAUCUUUGAACACUGAUGUGCUCUUUGGCUUGUUGCGUGAAGUUGUUGCCAGGCGGCAAGAUCUCAAGCUGAUUGUUACUUCAGCUACAAUGGAUGCUACAAAAUUUGCCAAUUUCUUUGGUAAUGUUCCAACAUUUACCAUUCCUGGAAGAACGUUUCCUGUUGAACUGUUUUUUAGUAAAAAUCCUAUUGAAGAUUAUGUGGAUGCUGCUGUCAAGCAAGUGUUACAGAUACAUUUGCAGCAAACAGUGGGAGACAUUUUGGUUUUUAUGCCUGGACAAGAAGAUAUUGAAGUUACCUGUGAAUUAGUUGCUGAAAGGCUUACUGAGAUAGAAAAUGCUCCUCAAUUAGCCAUUUUACCUAUCUACUCUCAACUUCCAAGUGAUUUACAGGCUAAAAUAUUUCAAAAAGCUCCAGAUGGUGUUCGGAAAUGUGUUGUUGCUACUAAUAUUGCCGAGACAUCUUUAACUGUAGAUGGUAUCAUGUUUGUUGUUGAUAGUGGAUAUUGUAAACUAAAAGUUUACAAUCCUAGAAUAGGUAUGGAUGCUUUACAAAUAUAUCCCAUCAGUCAAGCUAAUGCUAAUCAAAGAUCAGGAAGGGCUGGGCGAACAGGUCCAGGCCACUGUUUCCGACUUUAUACUGAAAGCCAAUACAAAAAUGAAUUGCUUUUAACUACAGUUCCAGAAAUACAAAGAACAAACUUAGCAAAUGUUGUAUUGUUGUUGAAAUCUUUAGGUGUUCAAAAUUUGCUCCAAUUUCAUUUUAUGGAUCCUCCUCCUCAAGACAAUAUGCUUAAUUCUAUGUAUCAACUUUGGAUAUUAGGUGCCUUGGAUAACAUAGGUAAUCUGACAUCUUUAGGUCGCAGCAUGAUUGAAUUUCCACUUGACCCUCCACUUUCCAAAAUGUUGAUUGUAUCUUGUGAUAUGCAAUGCAGUGAAGAAAUUUUGAUAAUAGUGUCCAUGCUUUCUGUACCUGCCAUAUUUUAUAGACCCAAGGGUAGAGAGGAGGAAAGUGAUCUUGUUCGAGAAAAAUUUCAGGUUCCUGAAAGUGACCAUCUCACAUUUUUGAAUGUUUAUUUGCAGUGGAAGCAGCAUAAGUUUUCCUCUUCAUGGUGCAAUGAGCACUUCAUACACAUCAAGGCCAUGAGAAAAGUAAGAGAAGUGCGGCAGCAGUUGAAAGAAAUCAUGGUUCAACAGAAAUUACCAAUUAUUUCUUGUGGAACAGAGUGGGACAUUGUUCGGAAAUGCAUCUGCUCAGCAUAUUUCCAUCAAGCAGCUAGACUCAAAGGAAUUGGUGAAUAUGUGAACUGUAGGACUGGUAUGCCUUGCCAUUUGCACCCCACUAGUGCUCUUUUUGGAAUGGGCUAUACACCAGAUUAUAUUGUGUAUCAUGAACUGGUUAUGACAAGUAAAGAAUAUAUGCAGUGUGUCACGGCAGUGGAUGGUUAUUGGCUAGCUGAGUUGGGACCAAUGUUUUACAGUGUCAAAGAAUCUUCUCAUUCACGUUUGGAAAAGCGCAAAUUGGCAAAGAUGAGCCAAUCACAGAUGGAAGAAGAGAUGCUGUCAGCAGAAAGAGAAUUACAAAAAAAGAAAAGGUGUGAAGAGGAAAUCCUUGCUUCUGUACGUAAAAGGACAGUUAUUACUACACCAGGAAGAACAGAUUCUAAAACACCGAGACAUAAACCUAAACGAUUUGGAUUGUAGGUCAUUAAACAUUCUUCAAAAAUAACUGUGGAACAAAAUUUUUAACUUAUUAAAUUGUCAAUACUUUUUUUUAAAUUCUCACCUAUUUUUGUAAAACUCAGGUUGUACAAUUCAUUUUUCAUUAAGUGAAAUAUGACACUCAUUAUAUAUUAAAAAAAAUUAUAAAAAAAAAUGCAGAAAAUAAGUUGCUCAUAUAGAAAUCUAAUUUUUAUGAUAUAAUUUCCCCCCCUUUCAUUUUUUAAUAUAAAUGUUAAAAGUGAAUAAAAUCAAAUAUUUCAUAAGUAAUAUUUGAUUUUCAUGACUAUAGUAUAAAUAACACAUUGUUGAUAUCUCUAAUUAUAUUCUAAGUCAGUGGUAAGCUUAUAAUUUAUAAAUUGGUAAACUAUAAAUGUCAUUUUUAUUGGAUGGAUUUUACCAUGGAUCAAAUGAAAAGUAUAAUAUUAAGGAAUAUAAUUAAUAAAUUCUAUUGUAAAGUAAAAUAAAUAAUAAUAGUUUAAACAAUAAAAUAAUGGAAACCAGCAAAUGUUAAUUGUAGACAAUUGAGGGUUUAAAACUCAUUUAUUGCAAUUUUAUUUUCAUUAGGAAUUAAUAUAUUCAUUCAUUCAUUCUACAUAAAUGUAUAUAAUAGAACCCACUUUCAGAAAAAAUGAUACAAUCAAACUCCAUUCAUUUAAAGAUAGUAUUACUUUCUAUUGAGCUUGUGUAGUAUCACUUUAUAUUUAUUGUUUGAUGUAUGAUUUUUUAAAGAAAAGAAUGAAAAUUAUAUUCUUUUUAUGGAAAAAUGUUAUAGUUAUCGACAA